CCUCAGGGAUAAUUGUAGUUUUCACUGUUACUGUAAUCAAGUAUUUAGUAUAAAUACGAGGAUCACACCUUUUGCCAAAUCAGAAGUCAAUUCACCAUGGCCAACCUUAAAGCUGUUUUCCUAAUCUGCAUCCUUGCAUUCAUUGCCUUCCAUUGUGUAGUAGGUGCACCAACAGCCGAAGAUUCCAUUGUGGUUAAACGGAGUAUUGGUACCGCAGUUAAAAAAGCUGUCCCGAUUGCAAAGAAGGUUGGAAAGGUCGCCAUCCCCAUUGCGAAGGCUGUCCUUUCUGUUGUUGGUCAGCUUGUAGGAUAAAAUAUCUUUUGUGAAUAAUAUAAAUAAAA